AUGAAAACCCUAAGCUUUGUCUCGCUUGCGCUUUUUAUAAGCCAUUUGAUGCCUGUACUUGCUGUUAAAAGUCAAAAGUGUGGCAGUGUGACUGUCCCUAAAAGUUUGAUCGAAGAAAAAAUCGAUGAAUCAGUCGGAGAACAGCCAGUAGAAAUUGGGAGAAUGCACUCAGUAAAUGAAAAACGUGGUGAUGUAGUUUUUGAAUAUACCGAACCAAAAAAAGAUGGUUUAAUGGUCGAAGUUUCACUAUCAUACAGUAUGAAAGGGGAAAUCAUGUCGAUAACAGGUAAAAUUAAUGGACAGACUGUUAGGUGUGUAGAGAAGAAACGGUGGUUUUGA